CUGGGCCGAGUCACAUUCGAGCUCUUCCAAGAUGUCGUGCCCAAGACGGCCGAGAACUUCCGCCAGUUCUGCACCGGUGAAUCCAAGAACUCUCUGGGUCGACCGCAGGGCUACAAGGGCUCCAAGUUCCACCGCAUAAUCCAGGAAUUCAUGUGUCAGGGCGGUGACUUCCUCAAUGGAGACGGCACCGGAUCGACGUGUAUCUACGGAACCACAAAGUUCGCCGACGAGAACUUCAACCUGAAGCACGACCGGCCUGGUCUGCUCUCCAUGGCCAACGCCGGCCCCAACACCAACGGCUCCCAGUUCUUCAUCACCACCGUGCCGACGCCGUUCCUGGACAACAAGCACGUCGUCUUCGGAAAGGUCGUCGACGGCAUGGACGUCGUCAAGAUGAUGGAGGCCACCAAGACGGGCUACCGCGGCAAGGACGUGCCCAACCAGGACGUCGUCAUCGCCCAGUGCGGCGAGUUGUGA